UAGCUGAAAAAAUUGAUGAGCAGAACUUAUGGUGGCAUGUUCAUCCUUGAUUCAAAUAUGAACACAGUAUAAUUUCACAUUUACCUGAUGGAACUACUUUUCUACAGAGAAAAAUAAAAGGUGACUCCUGAAGUAUGGCUGACCACAACAGUUCCUCCUGCAAUAACCCUAUAAGGUCACCCCAUUUAACCAGGCUCUACUUCGUAGUGCUCUUUGGAGGGCUGGUGGGCAUCAUCUCCAUUUUGUUCCUGCUGGUGAAAAUGAACACCCGGUCUGUAACCACCACAGCAGUCAUUAACCUGGUGGUGGUCCACAGUGUUUUCCUCCUGACAGUGCCUUUUCGCUUGAUCUAUCUCAUCAAGAACACUUGGACAUUUGGGUUGCCCUUCUGCAAAUUUGUGAGCGCCAUGCUGCACAUCCACAUGUACCUCACAUUCCUGUUCUACGUUGUGAUCCUAGUCAUCAGGUACCUCAUCUUCUUCAAGUACAAGGACAAAGUGGAAUUCUACAGAAAACUGCAUGCUGUGGCUGCCAGUACUGCCCUGUGGCUACUGGUGAUUAUCAUUGUGGUGCCCCUGGUUGUUUCUCAGUAUGGAAUUCAUGAGGGUUAUGACAAAUUCCACUGUUUUAAAUUCCACAAAGAACUUGCUCACGCAUAUGUGCAAGUCAUCAACUAUUUGAUAGUCAUUAUUGUCAUAGUUAUUGCAGUGAUUCUCUUGGUCCUCCAGAGCGUCAUAAUUGUGUUGAUGGCGCGGAAGCUACACCACUCCUUACUAUCCCAUCAGGAGUUCUGGGCCCAGUUGAAAAACCUGUUUUUUAUAGGGGUCAUUCUUAUUUGCUUCCUUCCCUACCAGUUCUUUAGGAUCUAUUACUUGUACACUAUGGCACAUUCAAGUGACUGUAAUGACAAUGUUGCAUUUUAUAAUGAAAUCUUCUUGAGUGUAACAGCGAUUAGCUGCUUUGAUUUGCUGCUCUUUGUUCUUGGGGGAAGCCAUUGGUUUAAGAAAAAGAUAAUUGACCUAUGGAAUUGCCUUUUGUGCUGUUAA